UACAUCACCUGUUUGGCAAGUGCCGGCUACGAUUUGGGCACUCUGCGACGCGCGACUCCAGAGGAUUUAAACGCCUGUGGCAUUACCAAUCCCCGGGACCGUCAGCAGCUGAGGACCAGACUUGCUCGUCUGCAGUUGCCCGAGAGUCUGCCAGACAACGUUCCUCCGUCAGUUUGCGAAUGGCUGUCUAUGCUCAACUUGGGUGUCUACUGGCCAGCCCUCCAGUGUCAAGGAUUCACCACCUUUGAGCGAAUCUCCGCACUCACCUGGGAAGACCUCGAAGAAGUUGGUAUCAGCAAACUUGGUUAG